CCCACUUCUCUCUCUACACUGUCCCCCCAGGAUUGGCACCCAGACACCCUGUAAGGAUGAGCACCAAAGAAGAGCCCACCAAGCCCACCCCAGGCACCCUCUCCAGCUUCACCAUCCAGUCCAUCCUGCAGGGCACCACAUCGGACAGAGGGCGAAACGUUGCCAGGGUUUAUACCAGGGAAACUAUCUCCUGCCAGCAGUCAAGCCCCAGCACCUCUUCAGAUGAGGAGGAACAAGACGAAUCCUGGACGGUGUACGGUUGUAACUGCCCCGACCCCGGGGAUAAGGAUUCCAAGGGCCAAGCCCCCAACCCCUGCGGUGCCCACAGGUGCCCUAACAGGACCCAGGGAUCCUUGCCCAGCAAUAAGAGACUGCAGAUGCCCUCUCCUUCCCAGAAGGACUACACAGAGGAGAAGGACAGCCAUUACCCCCAGUCUUUAGGAGAAAGGCACAAGGAUGUAGUGGACAACAUGGGCAACUCAAAGAAAAAGACCAGGACAGUGUUCUCUAGAAGUCAAGUCUACCAGCUGGAGUCCACCUUUGACAUGAAGAGAUACCUGAGCAGCUCAGAGAGGUCCUGCUUGGCUUCCAGCCUUCAGCUAACAGAGACCCAAGUCAAGACCUGGUUCCAGAACCGCAGGAACAAAUGGAAAAGGCAACUUUCUGCUGAGCUUGAGGCUGCCAACAUGGCCCAUGCAUCAGCACAGACUCUGGUGGGAAUGCCCUUGGUGUUCAGGGACAACUCCAUCCUAAGGGUUCCAGUACCCAGGUCCAUUGCCUUCCCUGCCCCUCUGUACUACCCCACCAGCAACGUCUCCCUACCUCUGUAUAACCUGUACAACAAGAUGGAAUACUGAUUCUACUGAUUCCCACCCCAAAAAAAGUUUGUCAGGACCUGAUCUUCCUUCAGCUGCUACAACCUACCUACCCAUCUCCAAGUCUGUGAAUGCUGAUACAGAGCAGAAGCAACAAAAUACACAACGUGUAUUCACUAGGCUUUAUUUUAUUUGUCGGGUUAUUUACGGGCACUUGUUUAUGUAUUAUUCUAAUACAUAAUGUCUAAAACAAAUAGAAUUAUAUAUAUAUAUAUAUAUAUAUAUAUAUAUAUAUAUAAAUUAUUGCAUCAACUUGUAGCAGGCAUGAAAGAUUUUGACAAGCAGCGUUUGGUGUUAUCUAACGAAAUAUUUCCUGAUAUCUUUAAGGAAAAGAAAAAAAAGUCGAAUCCCCUGUCUUCUCCAGUUUAUAUAAAUCCCAUUCACCUGUGCUGAUAAUGCUGUCCUAUUAACUGCUAUGUUCUAAUAGCAAAAGAGACUGUUGAAACUGUAUUUUUACAGGGUUAUUUUCUUUUAUUCGUUUUUUUUUUAUUAUUCCAAAAUGGAAUCAGCAUGUGAAUAUUUCAUAUGUUUUAUCAAUAUAUUUACACUUCCCUGUAUCGCCCAGAUUAAUGUCAAUUAUUAAAAAAGAGUAUUAAAAAUAA